AUGUUUAUAGUCUGUAUAUCCUAACGAAUACCAAGAAGAGUUGUGACAAACCUUACAAUGUUAAAGUUUGUGUGUUUGAUAGCCGUAUUUUCUCUUGUUUAUUCCUCGGGAAUUAAGCUUCAUUUGACAGACGGAAUGAAAGCCAUGCUGAGGAAGUCUAAAUGGGAUCACAAGAAUACAGUCAUCUCCAUACACGGACCUAUGACUCUCGAUCUGAAGUCAAGUUAUAAACUAAAGGAUGGACAGGUGUUUCUUAAAUCACAUAUGAAAGAGAAACACAAGGACUGUGCUGAUAUCCUUAAAAACAGACCCCUGAGUAAAGAUGGUGUGUACUCGAUUUAUCCUGAUAUGAAGACAAAGAAGUCGGUGUACUGUGACAUGACGACGGACGGAGGCGGAUGGACGGUUAUACAAAGACGACAAGAUGGCGUAACUGAUUUUUAUAGGAACUGGGCUGAGUACAAGAAGGGAUUUGGUGACGCCAAGGAUGAAUAUUGGCUGGGAAAUGAUGCUAUUUACACUCUGACAAUGGACAAAAGACAAGAACUAAGAAUAGAUCUAGAGAGAUUCUCUAGACAGAAAGCACAUGCAACCUACUCCAGAUUUUACAUCGGGAACGAAGCUGAAAAGUAUAAGCUGAGAGUAGAGGGAUUCAAGGGAACCAAAGGUCUUGGUGAUAGCUUUGGGCCGUACAGCAAUAUGAAGUUCAGUACUAAGGACAGAGACAACGAUACAAAUAGUGGUUCAUGUGCUAAGGGCUACAUAGCAGCAGGCUGGUUUGCUAGUUGUUUAAGCUGUAAUCUUAAUGAUGAAAUGAAAGCAAAGCUGGGGAAUUCUACAUGGGAUCAUAAGAACACGGUCAUUUCUAUACACGGACCUAUGACUCUGGAUCUGAAGUCAAGUUAUAAACUAAAGGAUGGACAUGUAUUUCUUAAAUUACAUCUCAAAGAAAAGCUCAAAGACUGUGCUGAUGUCCUCAAAUACAGACCUCGGAGUAAAGAUGGCGUGUACACGAUUUAUCCUGCCAUGAAGACAAAGAAGUCAGUGUACUGUGACAUGACGACGGACGGAGGCGGAUGGACGGUGAUACAAAGACGACAAGAUGGCUCAACCAAUUUCUACAGGAACUGGGCCGAGUACAAAAACGGAUUUGGUGACGCCAAGGAUGAAUACUGGCUGGGAAAUGAUGCUAUUCACGCUUUGACAAAAGUCAGAAAGCAAGAACUAAGGAUAGAUCUGGAAAAGUUCUCCAAAGAAAAAGCACAUGCAACCUACUCUACAUUCUACAUCGGAAGCGAGGCCGAAAAGUAUAAACUGGAACCAAAGAGUAUUGCAAUCGCUCAUACUCGUAUAAAACUAAGGGGGAUUUAUGGUUCAGCUAAAUCGUAUACAUGUGAUAGCUUUAGUCAACACAGCAGUAUGAAGUUCAGCACUAGGGACAAAGACAAUGACAGAUUAAGAAGGCCAUGUGCUCAGACCUUCAAAACAGCGGGCUGGUUCGCUGAUUGUUUGAAUUGCAAUCUAAAUGGAGUAUACAGAAAAGACUCCAAGCAAGAUGCCACAGAACUGAGUUGGUAUGGAGGUCCCUGA